AUGCGCAUGAAGUUCUUGCCCCUUUAUUUUCUGUCUUUGCUUUCGCCCUCGACAGAUUUUCCCUUGCCACCCUGGUGCCUUGGUUCGUUCCUUGUGUCUAGCUUGGUCUUUUGGUGCUUCGCUUUCUAUGUAUUUAGAUUGCCGUCGUGUCUGUUGGUGUUUUUUCUCUUAGAUAGUGCGAAAAUAGUUCCUGCGCAGUUUGCAGGGAUUAUUCACACGAUGGUCGCAAAAAAGGCCAGUGCUUGGAGGCACAUGGAUUCUGGAAAUGGCUCCUCGGGUGGCUGAUGGACUUGGACCGGCCGAGGCCAUUGAGUACUAGGAAGUACGUAGAACAAACACAAAGAAAAAGUAAAAGAACUAUAACUCUCGAAUAAAUCCUGAAGAUGUUUCCUUGUGCAACGUUUCAAAUCAAUUAUGAUGAGUCGAUGUAAGAACGCGUGACUCGCUAUGUUGACUAUGGUAAUCCAAUCGGAUAUUGGAGGAUAAAAGAACACAUAGAGGGAGGCUGUUGCUUGUGUACUUCCAACUGUACUAGAAGAAGUAGUUAUUGGGCAGAAUAGCGGGUUCUUUGUGUGGUUUAUUUUAUCUGGCAGCGCGCGUGCGGGACAAGGGUGCACUAGUAGACGUAGAGGUGAAGCAUUUUAUUCAUGUUGGCCAGUGUCACGACAUCAUUGAGCGUUCAAUUUAGGUUGUGAUUGUGGAAAAGCUCGAAAGUCAUUAUUCAAAUUUGUUCUCGAUUUCAAUGCGGACUGUUGUUGGACUGCGAGAGGCAGCCCCAGUGCCGUGUGGAUGAUCGUCUAGACUCAGGCGGGAAGAAGUACGAUCUGCACCACAGCAGCAUCCAGGAGGUAGUACAGAAUUCGUCAGUCUUGUUCUUCGUCUUACCGGUUGAUGCUGGCUCCUGCAUAGAUAGAUAGGGAAACCCUUGGAUGAAUAGAACAAAAGUCCGCUUUUUUGAUAUCAUAGCGAGCCUCCCUUCACUUCGACAAGGGCACUGAGUAUGAGAGCUCUUUGCUGAACAAUAUCAGCAAUUCUUUCACAGUGCUCUCUCACCACAAGAACUACAACAAUACUGCACAGGGCAUACACAUAAGCCAUCUUGUUAUAAUCACUUACAAUAUGUUCUUGGUGUCAAUUAUUAUUAUUAUUCUUUGUAGGUACCGAUGACUGUGAAUCAUAUUUGAAAUCUGUUGAGCGACAUGAUAAAGAAGUAAAAGGAAAAGUACUGGUCGUGUUACAUAAACUUAGACAUCUUGUUCACGAAAUACGUACUUUCACUGUAGUGAUCAGCGAUUGGAUAUAUUAUAAGGUAUUCUAAAACUUUCAGAUAGUCUCCAACCACUUUCGCACUCAGUGAUCGUUUUUGCAAACUAACCAACCGAAAAUGAAAAUAAAAACGAACCACCGAUGGCAUGAACGAGGUUCCGCUUGAAGUCCGCCUUGUGGAAUUCAGGCUGCAACAAUUGAAGUCAGUCGGAGGGUAGUCGGUUCCGUUCCCUAUUUGGUUACUCUUGGAGGUUGAAUUUUGGGGACUGUGUAUGAAUUCGACUGCCCUUGCUUCCCUCUUAGGUUACUUCGGGAACUGAAUAUCUGGGUCAUUGAUACAUAUCGUGGGUGGCUUUGCAGGUAUAGUUCCUUCUGGCUGUACCUUUUGCGAAAUUUAAUUGUUAAAUUGCUUUCGGAUUCGAUUAAAAUCCCAUAUGGCAACAUGUUGAUUUGUCACUCAAAUCUAUUCAUCAUUCGUCACUAGUGAAACUAAAAGAAAACGCGGAGAAGUAUCAGCCCACUCAUGUUGCUGACGGGCGUGGUUCUGUCUGAGGCCAUGUUUUGUCAUGCUUGAUCUCUCUCUGAAGAUGCCACCUUUUCUCGUACUAGUUAGACACAGCAUAUCACAACAUAGACACAGCAAAUUAGGAUCCCGGCUCGAGGACGAUGAAGGGGGGGAGGCAGUACCAUAGCGCCGUAGGAAGAGCUUCUGCUGUUUCUCGUUUUAUUCGAGAGAGCCCGCGUUGGAUAUUAAAAAAGAUUAAGAUGUAGUAAAUUGGACGUGAGUAGAGCAAGGCCUAGCAUUUCCAUUUGCAUAAACCGUCGAGCAAUAUAAUUUAUCGUACUAGAAACGGGUCCGCACAGGCUUCCUGCAUCUGUAUUCGCCAUCAGUUCAUUUCUCCGCCGCUUCUUCGAUAUCAAGGAUGAAGAAACUGCUGACUUACUUAUUUGAAAGCCCAACGGUGAUUUGCCGCUCCGCAGUGCAUCCUUGUAUAUACUUCCUUAGCUCUUGCAACGUGAGUAAUCCGUCGGAUGAAAUCGAUAAUGUUUAAGUGGUAGCGGUGACGCGUCUUGUUGUCGUAUAUAAUGAUCGCCUUGUCGCUCUGUACAACAGAAGCAGAGCUUACUCAUGCGCUGUCAAAGAGGCUCUCUUAUCUAGCGAACGACCUUGAGAUCUGAAAUGCUCGCACUGCUUUGCGAGGUGGUUUGGGUCCAGUGACGCUCAAGGCCCCGACAGGGGGAGGCUGGGUGGCUCCCCUCCCCGCGCCGGCUUGUUUGGUGAAUACUGUUCACUUUAUUAGAUAUAAGGGGCUUGCUUCCAGGUCUUGGCUCGGGUUCUCAGCCUUACGCUCCCUCCCCUCUCCUUUUUUAACAUUUCCAAAAUGAAUUUAAUUAAGGUAAUGACUCCACGCCCCUCCUGUUUGUCGUCUCGUCCUUAAGACACUUCGCCCAUCGAUUCUUCUUUCUUACUACCAUUCUCAUUAAUAACCAAAACCAAAUGUGGUUCAUACUGCUUUUCGACAUAAGAAGGCACACACCAGCCGCAGCAACGAACUGGCAGUAGAAGGUUUCUAGUGAUAUAGAGUUUCAUUAUGUACAAUUGCAAUUGGUUGCUACAUGACCCAUAAAAAGUUAGUUGUAGAUGCUGCUAAGUUCGUUCCAUGGCCUAGUUAAGUAUAUCUAUAGAUACUGAACAUCAGGAGUUGACCUAGUAGCUUUUCCCGCGUGCGAGAUCACUACUCGCGUUGCCGAUUAGCGUGCGCGGAUGAUGAGACUUCUGCGUAUAGACAAGAAGGGCAUAAGGAUGAUACUAAUUUGGAAAACUGAACGAUCUACAUGAAAGCAGUGUAAUCGAAAUAUCUUCAAGAGCCGUUGUUAACUGCCCACUUCGUUUGAGAAACGAGCACUCUGCUUCACCGCGAACACCCAUGCAUUGCUGUGUGCUUUAUUGUUUAGACCAUAUAAUCUUCGCCACAUCCACAUCGAUCACCUCGGUGCUCAGGGAAGCCGGAUGUUUUGGGUGUGUGCCAGCCAGCUUUCCGGGUAGUCCCUGCCGGGAGCAGCUUGGUAUGAAGGCUCUCCGCAUAUACAUAAUAGAGUAAGGCAAGUAACGGGCUUCGAGUUGCAGCGAGUUGCCCGAGUUGCUGAAGCGAAGGGCCCCAAAUCUGGAACGAGUUGCCACGAGCUGCCAGAAGGAGGCUGGUCCGCCGAAAUGGGGCGAAGCAGGG